AGAAUUUAUUCCUGUGAAAAGUUGCGACUAGGUUCUAACUAAAUUUGAAUUAAAUAGCAAAUGCAGGAAUUAUAACCGAUGCUAAAUAAAAUUAGACCAUUCAAAGUGUCACACUGAAGAGAAAUUUGAAACCUGUUAAAUUAUAUUAACGUAUAAACUAGAGAGUGCUGUAUGACGUACGAAAUUGUCUUGUUUUGUGACAUUUAAUAUCAACGUGGGAUUUGUUUAGAUGAGACGAAUUCCCGCGACGGGCGCCACCUGAAGGAUGAAUUUGAAGCCGCGAGGAAGCCGAGGGCGAAAAGCAUUCCGAGGAGGACUGGCAGUAAUGCUCGGAAUGUCGUUCAUUGCCUUGUACUUCUCGGACACUAUCAUCCAAGAAGCAGUAAACAUAAACCGACUUUUCCAUUUACCUACGAACGACGAAGACUACCCUGGAGUCGACAGUUACUUAGUUUGGAGUGAUAAGUGUCAAAUUCCUACCUUUGAUCCUUUCGAUAAAUCCAUCCGUAAGUUUGUGACUCAAGUGGAACCUAUAGUGUGUUCAACCAAGCCACCGCUUACAUACAUCACACGUGUACCUGACGAUGCGAGCUAUCUGUUGAUGAUCAACAUCAGCGCCGUGCCUCAUUACGCCGUUAAUCAAGGGAAUAUUAGUUGCUGUUAUUCUGUAAUCGCUAGAGUCAACGGCCCAUCUAGAAAAAUAUACACCCGCACCGCGGACAACUAUUACUCUGUAAGUGAAUGUUCAAAUUUUGAGACAGAAGUUUUCCUAAGUCCUGAGAAGGAAUUUAUUCUGGUCCAUUGUUUCGAGGUGACUGAACGUGGAGCAAAGACAAAAGUGUACAAAAACACUCAUGCCACUGUACCGGUCAAACGAGCUGUUCAAUUAAAAUUGAAUGGAAGUAAUUCUAGAACGAAUUCCGUCGAGAAGAAACGACUCAGUGUUCUAGUAUUGGGUUUCGACUCUGUAUCGCGCCUUAACCUACUACGUACCAUGCCAAAGACGGUGCAUCAUCUCCGAAGUAAUGGAUGGCUCGAACUGCUUGGGUACAACAAGAUAGGCGAGAACACCUUGCCCAACGUUGCAGCUCUCCUCAUGGGUCUCACUUCGGACCAAAUGAAGAAUCAGUGCUGGACAUCACGUUACAAGAAGAUCGAUGACUGUCCUUUUAUCUGGCGAAAUUUCUCAGAGGUCGGUUAUGUCACAGCCUAUGCUGAAGACGAACCAAGAGGGGGCACGUUCAACUACGCCAAGACUGGUUUCGUGGUACCUCCGACAGACUACUACAUUCGCCCUUUCUUACUUGCUUCUGAGGACAGACUGAAUGUUAAGACGCGACACUCACUUAACGUGUGCCUGGGUCCAACUCCCACUACUGAACAUAUUUUUCGAUACAUCAUAGACAUCGUCACAGUGUUUGAAAGUGCCUUGUACUUUGUGAUGACGUGGAUCAACAAUUUCAGUCACAGUAGCAAUGCAAUCCCUGCAGACAUGGAUGACAAAGUUUCUGUGUUCUUCCAGGAACUGGAAGAUACCGGAGCUCUUAACACGACAUUCGUUAUAUUUCUCAGUGAUCACGGGAUGCGAUGGGGAGAUAUUCGUAGCACGUCCAUUGGCUGGUUCGAGGAGCGUUUGCCUUUUAUUUAUAUUUGGGUUCCGGAGUGGUUUAAACAAAAACACCCGGAUUAUUACAAAAAUUUGAAAACAAACAGAAAUCGCUUAACAUCGCCAUUUGAUUUACAUUUGACUCUCAGGGAAAUCCUGGAAAUGUCAAGGCAGAAUGAUAAAAGGCGUGUUGCUUAUGAAUGUCCAGGGUGUCCAAAAUGUGUAAGUCUGUUCUCUGAAGUGUCAGCAGACAGGGCCUGUGAAGACGCUGGCAUCACCGCCAAUUGGUGCACUUGUAACAAGUACAGAAGUGUGUCUAAUAAAGACGAAGUAUCGGAGGCUGUUGCUAUGUAUGCACUGUCAGAGAUAAAUGCAAAAUUGCAGAAGGCGGGGAACAGCUCUGCUCAGUGUGCGGAACUGACGUUCGGCCAAAUUAUCAAGAUAAAACGGAAGACGACGAAGGAUUUUCAUGACGACUUUAUCGUAUCAUUCAACGCACUGCCAGGAGGAGCCGUGUUCGAAGCGACUGUACGUCGUCUGAACAGCACCUUCCAGCUGCAGGGGGAAGUCAGUAGGAUCAGCAUGUACGGCAAUCAGAGUGAUUGUGUUGAUGAUGCAGAUCUGAAACUGUACUGUUAUUGUACCUAAAUGCAAAUCACAUUUGCACAAAAUUCAGAAAUUCAUUUUGCGAUAUAGUAUUUGAGACUUUCGCGGCGAGUACAAUCAAUAAAAUCUUCUCGGGAAAUCAGCCGCAUUAGCUGGUUACCGUAGUAAACCGACGUUUCGGGAACCAACUCUGUCCCCAUCAUCAGGGUUCUGAUGUGACUGGAUCCACGGAAGUCGCCUGUGUAACCAGCUAACGCGGCUGAUUGCCCGAGAAUAUUUUAUUUAUUGUAUUGAUUUUUAAGUUCAGAUAUGUUGAAUAAUUGAAAAUCUAAUGUAUACAAAGUCCAAAUUAGGCUAAUUGAAACGUCAUAUGAUUAUCAUAUUGAUUUUAACUCGUCGCCUUAUUUUAUUCUUUGGUUAUUAGAUAGUUAGAUUUUCUUUUCAGUCUUGUCUAGUCAGACACAAUGAUAGUAUGAAUUCACGUUUAUAUAUCAUCCGGAGUUAAGUUGAACGGGUCUACAAUUUGAACCCUUUUGUUCAUUAAACAUGGCGAGGUUUGUCAUUAAACCAGCAAUCACAAAAUGGCACGUAUUUAAAGAGUUGUGUUAAUAUUCGUUAUCUAUAUAGCAAGGCAGCCUACAAACUCAGUUCUUGGCCCUGUUCAACUAAACAAGUAUAUGUAGAAUGCUAUUUUUGCUAGUUCGUCCUUACCCGACAAGGUUCUCAACAUUUGCCUUAUUAUAUUCUAUAUUAUUUAUAUUAUGUACGUUGUAAAAUUAGGCCUAUUUUAAUAUAUUUUUGUGUUCACUUGUUAGUAGAACAUUUUGAUGCGAAUAUAAUUGAAUUCUUAGUACAGAAGGAGAAUAAAAGUUUGUUGUAUUUCAUAAUUAUGCCCUGUGGUUCAAGAUGUAGUGGGUUGGUACUAAAACUGAAAGGGAUAAUAUCUGUG